AUGGCCAACUUUGCGUCCAAGAGACUAGCAAAGGAGCUCAGCAAGAUCAAUAACAGUCUUCCUCCUGGCAUCGAGCUAGUUUCAGCGGACAACUUUGAAGAAUGGCUCCUCGAUAUUAAAGUCCUCGACGAAAACCCACUGUACAAGAACGAGACGUACCGUCUCAAGUUCAAAUUUUCCAGCUCCUAUCCCAUCGAACCUCCCGAGGUCACUUUCGUGAAAACGACCGACCGGCCGAUCCCGAUCCAUCCGCACAUUUACUCGAACGGGAUAAUCUGUCUUGACUUGCUGGGUCAGCAAGGAUGGAGCCCAGUCCAAAACGUCGAGAGCGUGUGUAUGAGCCUACAAAGCAUGUUGACGGGUAACACUAAGAACGAGCGACCCCCCGGCGACGAAGAGUUUGUACGAGGAAACCGCCUGCGCCCUCGAGACAUCGAUUUUUACUAUCACGAUAACACCGUGUAG